AUGCACUCUCACCCCACAGUGCAAUUCAUGGAACCACUGGUGACUGACAUCAUUGAAAUGGACAUCGAUGACGGUGGUCAAGCACAAUCGUCGACAAGCUUGACAGAUCCGUGGAUGGGAGAGGAAUGGCCGAUGUUCGAUGACUUGUAUCUUGGGCCGGACGAUGAGGUGGAGUACGAAUCCAUGCCCCCGCACAUCAGUCAGGAGCUAUAUCUCGGCCUGGAAGACAACUUUGAUGGUGGGAUUGGUGUGCCCGAGCCAUCCCACCAUGCAAGCAGUGAUCCCCCAGGCCAAGCCAUCAGUCCGGCACUGUACCUUGGGCCAGAAGAGAUGUCCAAUGAACCCAUGGAAUAUUUGAAUCCACCCAAUGCUGACUGCCUUCUGGCACCUCCGGCACUCGACAACGAGGAGCUCCAAGCUAUGGUUCGGGAGUUCCGGCCUUUUGGGUCAUAUCAUGACGUCGGAUGUAAAAUCUUGAAGCCCGACUGGCCAACUUCACAACUACUCAUGGAAACCUUCCUGACCCAGACAUCCGACAAGCUGGCACAGGCCGAUCAGGAGCUUCAAAGGAUGCAGAGGGCCGAGCGGGCGAGCAUCGAAAUGCUCAAAGUAGUAGAUUCACUGAUUCAACGGUUCGAGACCCAAAUUCACCAGGGUCAAACAUCCUGGUCGUCAGCAGUCGAUCAUCGGUCGUUGGCAAUUUGGCGUUUGGCCCUAUGCAGAUUGACUGCCGAGGACCAAGGACCUCCAACCGAAUACCAAUGGCCGAUUGCCGACAACCGAGUGCCAAUGGCCAAGUACCGACGGCCGAUUGCCGACAACCAACUAUCGACUGCCAACGACCAGACAUCGGCAGUUGAUCAUCGGUCAUCGGCAAUCGGCCGUCGGCCCUCGGUAAUCGGUAAUCGGCCAUUGGUAUUUGGUUGGAAGUCCUUUGUCCUUGGCAGUUGA